CUGCCCCCAUUUCAUUGCCUUCGCCUGCCACGUUGUCGUCGCCUGCGUCACUAUCGUCGACCGCAACCUCGCCCACGCCUGUGUCGUGGUACUUGCCUUCCCUGCCGCCGUCGCCUGCGCCUCUGUUUUCGUCCACCACGCCGUCGUAUCCUGCAUCACCGUUGUCGCUUGAGGUCCGAACCUGCCGACAUUGAAACUUCGCGUCGAGUUUCAAUGAAGCUUCGCGCUUAUCGCCCGGCCUGAACGAAGUGAUUUGUUCCCUCUCUUCCUGCGCCGCCGGACAACGGAACCAAUUAUAAACCUACAAGAACAUCUACCUAGUAGUAAAAAUCAUGAAAAUAAACCCAACCAGCAGCCCAAUAAAAAGGCCAACGUAUAAGCCCAAUAAACAACACUUACCUCCGUGAAUUCAACGUUGAAGGCACCAGGAAAAAAUUAAUAAAAAACCUAACCCCAAUUCACCAGAAUCAGAAUCGUCGACCUCUUUGUUCAUAUCAUACGCUCCGGUGAUUGUCUUAGAGAGAGAUAUGGCUCCUGUCGGUAAACCGAAGAAAACGGUGAAAGAAACUUCUACUGUACACCGUCCGACUAGUAAGCCUUCUGUCGGAGCUAAAAGAGGUAGGGAUGAUGGGGAUGGUAAACCGAAGAAAACGGUGAAAGAAACUUCUACUGUACACCGUCCGACUAGUAAGGCUUCUCUCGGAGCUAAAAGUGGUAGGGAUGAUGGGGAUGGUAAACAGAAGAAAACGGUGAAAGAAACUUCUAUUGUACACCGUCCGCCUGAUGAGAAACUCACUACUGAACAAAUUCAUGAAUAUUAUAGACAGUUCUUCGGCAGUCAGGGAUUCAUUGUUCCUGACUAUGGAGGUAGAUUGUGUGGCGGAGUUGGACCCUAUUCGAUGACUGAUAAGUAUAGGCAGAAACUUGUGAAGGAUAUGAUUCAGAAAAGCUUGCGAAUCUACAAUCGCAAAAAUAAGGUGAAUUUUGAGUUUGAUAAGCUUGUCAGCGUUAAUGCUGGUGCUGUUGCUGGCCGUAUGUUUUACAUUACUUUCAAUGCACGCUCUGGUGAUGAUGCACCUCAAACCUUUUACAGCAAAGUAUGGAAAACAUUCAAUGAUUAUAUCAAAGUCCAGUUCUGUGUGAUUGGUAAUGCGCAGGAAGCUGGUACAUCUCAGGAAGCUGGUACAUCUCAGGAUGCUGGUACAUCUCAGGUUGUUGGUACAUCUCAGGAUGCUGGUACAUCUCAGGAUGCUGGUACAUCUCAGGCCUAAGUUAUGGAAUCCGAGUUUAGGUUCAUGUUCUAUUUGU